ACGGCCAUCCCACAAUCUUUCGGACCGGGACAAUAUCAGUUACACUUACCUCCAAAAACAUAAGGUGGAUGGGCCACACUGCGGCGUAGAAGAUGGAUAUUUCAAAACACAAAGUUGUUUGUUGAUAACGGCCGAGGCUAGAGGACUGUUUCAUUGGCGGAAUAUCAAGCAGUCUGCAACUGGACAAACGAAUCUUCCUGAACAUGCUGAGCUUCCUUCGCCGUACUCUGGGCCGGCGGUCCAUCCGCAAACAUGCUGAGAAAACUCGACUCCGAGAAGCCCAGCGAGCCACAACACACAUCCCUGCUGCUGGAGAUGCCAAGUCCAUCAUCACCUGCCGAGUGUCUUUGUUAGAUGGCACAGAUGUCAGUGUUGAUUUGCCGAAAAAAGCCAAAGGUGCAGAGCUGUUUGAACAGAUCAUGUAUCACCUGGACGUUGUCGAGAAGGAUUACUUUGGCCUGCGCUUCAUGGAUUCAGCCCAAGUCCCGCACUGGCUUGAUGUCACCAAAAGCAUCAAAAAGCAAGUCAAAAUUGGACCACCAUAUUGCCUCCAUGUGAGAGUAAAGUUCUACUCCUCAGAGCCCAACAACUUACACGAGGAGCUAACAAGAUACCUUUUUGUACUACAGUUAAAACAGGAUAUUCUCAGUGGCAAGUUAGAGUGCUCAUUCGACACAGCAGUGGAGUUGGCUGCAUAUGCUUUACAGGCUGAAUUGGGUGAUUGUGACCCUGCCGAGCACAGACUUGACCUGGUGUCAGAAUUCCGCUUCAUCCCAAACCAGACGGAAGAGAUGGAAGCAGCUAUCUACAACAUGUGGAAGGAGUGCAGGGGCCAGACGCCAGCACAAGCUGAGAUAAACUACCUAAAUAAGGCCAAAUGGCUGGAGAUGUAUGGAGUGGACAUGCAUAUGGUCAAGGCACGAGACGGAAAUGAAUACAGCUUAGGCCUGACCCCCACCGGAGUGCUCGUGUUUGAGGGGGAAUCUAAGAUUGGCCUGUUCUUCUGGCCCAAGAUCACGCGUCUGGACUUUAAGAAAAGCAAACUCACCCUGGUGGUAGUGGAGGAUGAUGAACAGGUAAUGCAGGAGACAGAAGAGGGGAAAGAACAGGAGCACACGUUUGUUUUCCGCAUGGACCAUCCGAAAGCUUGCAAGCAUCUGUGGAAGUGUGCCGUAGAGCACCAUGCCUUCUUCCGCCUACGUGGCCCGGUCCAGAACAGUUCAACCCGCUCUGGGUUCAUCCGCAUGGGCUCACGUUUCAGAUACAGUGGGAAGACAGAAUAUCAGACAACUAAGGCCAACAAAGCUAGACGAUCUGCCUCAUUUGAAAGAAGACCAAGUCGGCGUUACUCUAAAAGGACCAUGCAGAACCGAGGUCUUAACAAAUCCUCAGAUAACCACAAUAACGGAGUGAGCCCAAGCUUAGAAACAAAGCCCUCCCAAACACGGCCUCCCUGGUCUGGUAUGCCUAUGGUCAGCAGCCCACCCUCUGCACCAGGCCCUAUGGAAAUCGAAACCCUCCCCAGGAGCCCCAGAGGCAGCCAAUCGGACAAGAGGAGCAUGCCCUUGGUGACUGACCUCUUGGAGACGUGCGUAGAUGAGGUUCUUCGUGCCCCUGUUCCCAUGGUGACAGCAGAAGAAGUGGGACCAGGUGCUGCUCAUACCACCACCAGCACAGCCACAGAGGAGGCCCUCUCUCUGACCGAGGCUGCAGCUCGGCUCAAGCAACUAGAUAUUGAAAACACUCCAGUGUCUGCUUCAGCCAGAACAAACGUCAACCUCAACAUGAACAACCAGGAGGAAGUGGUGAAACUGAGAGAGAAAAGUUUGAAUAGUGUGGGCAGCAGUCCUGUCCUGAACCAGCUCAAAUGUCCUGAGGAACUCAAGAGCAACAUCCUGAAAGCUCAGGCAGAGGCAGCGCUCAAGGAUUCUAGAGAUGAGCUUGGACUGAUUCCAGACAAGAACUGUAACCUGCAGGAGGCAGCAGCCAGACUGAUGGGUCGUGGGGGGCGUAUGGGAAGCACAUCCUCUUUGCCAGUGAGUGGGAGAGCAGAGCGCCAGGAGUCCUGGGACUUGCUCAAGCAGCCCGGCCUGCUGCCCUGCUCUACCAGCAGCCUGGAAGAGAACGCAGAUGACUUCAUCUCUUCUGUGCCGCUUCUGUCAUCAGAUCCAGUGAAUGAAGCCCAGUCAUCCAAGGUCAAAGUUCAGGAUCCUGAGCUGUUGACAGCCCCUCUGACUGAUAACCUGAUAGACUUCACAGAACCCAUCCCUGUAGUGCCAGCUCCCAAACCCACAAUCACUCCUCGAUGGAUCAUUCCAGCUUCAACACCUAUACAGUCUGGCACCUUUACUAACGGCCUCCUUGACUAUACAGCAAAGAUGUCAUCAUCUCACCAUCCUGAAGGGGCUGCUAUUUCCUCACUCCCCCAUCUCUCUCUCACUCACAAUGUGAUUGCCACAAGGUUUGUUUCAUCUCUGCUCUGUUGAGGACAGUUGUCCUACUACUUUCCUAAGCAAUCAGAUUUACCAUUUUCAACUUGGUAGAUGAUAAAAACCAAGAGGAGUCACCA